CGCGAGAACUGUUCGCGCCGCCUCCCAGUGUCGCCCGGUGAGGCAGUCUUCGCCGCCGCGCUGGGUUCGUAGCGGUGUCCGUGAGGCCAUGGAGUCGGGCGUGGAAGAGCUGAUGCCGCGGCUGCUGCCUGUGGAUGACUGUGACUUGACUGAGGACUUCGACCCCACGGUGCCUCCUAGGACACCACAGGAGUAUCUGAAGCGCGUCCAGAUCGAAGCAGCGCGGUGCCCAGAUGUGGUCGUGGCACAAAUAGACCCCAAAAAACUGAGGAAGAAGCAGACAGUGAACAUUUCAAUUUCCGGAUGUCAGCCUGCUCCUGAAGGAUACUCUCCAACACUCAAGUGGCAGCAGCAGCAAGUGGCCAAUUUCUCAGCUGUUCGUCAGAGCCUGAACAAGCACCGAAAUCACUGGCAGUCACAACAUUUGGACAGCAAUGUUACUAUGCCAAAACCAGAGGAUGAAGAAGGCUGGAAGAAGUUCUGCCUGGGUGAAAGAAUAUACUCAGAUACACUAUCUUAUGAUGAAAGUCUAGGAAUCGAUUACAUAAAGGUGGGCUUUCCCCCUCUGCUAAGUAUUGUAAGCAGAAUGAGUCAGGCAACAGUAACCAGUGUCUUGGAAUACCUGAUAAGCUGGUUUGGGGAGAAAAAAUUUACUCCAGAACUGGGCAGAUGGCUUUAUGCACUGUUGGCAUGCCUUGAAAAACCUUUGCUACCUGAAGCUCACUCCCUUAUUCGACAGCUGGCAAGACGAUGCUCAGAAGUCAGAGUACUAGAGGAGAACAAGAAUGAAGAACAAAUAUCAGCUCUGAACUUGAUAAUCUGCUUAGUUAGCAGGUACUUUGAUCAACGUGACUUGGCUGAUGAGCCUUCCUAGACUGUUCUGAGAAUAUCAAGUAUUUUAUGUUGCCAUAGUACAAACAGCAUUAUCGGAGUUAACAGCAAGACACUGCACUGUUCAGACCUGAAGUACUACUAUACAACCCCUUCAGAGCACCCUUGCAAUAAGGCACUUGGGACAGCUAUGAAUAACUUCAGCUGAGCCAUAGCACAAAUUGUCAAUGUCUUUGAUAUCAUCAUCAUUGCAAAAUGGUCAAUGUCCUGGUACAUCAUCUCUCAAGCUAUUGUCUCUGUAAAAUACAUUGUUGGUUAGAAAAUUCUAUCAUACGUGUAAUCCUGUGGACACUUAGGUGAAAUCUGAGAUUACAUUACAAACGGGUUGUUCUUUAUCUAACACACACCCACUGAGAGCUUUUUUUAAUAAACUGAAGCAUUUUCAAGAGUCUUCAUAAA